AUGUGGGGAAUUGAUAUGAUUGGGGAAAUCAAGCCGACAGCCUCCAAUGGACAUUGCUUCAUCCUAGUGGCCAUUGACUAUUUUAUAAAGUGGGUUGAAGCAGCCUCCUUCGCCUCUGUUAUCAAGAAUGUUGUUGUCCGCUUCAUCAAGCAAAACCUUAUUUGCCGGUACGGUAUCCCAGAAAGGAUCAUCACUGACAAUGGUACAAAUUUCAACAACACUAUGAUCACCGCAUUGUGCGAGCAAUUCAAGAUUCAGCAUCACAAUUCUUCUCUACAUCGACCAAAGAUGAAUGGUGUUGUCGAAGCUGCAAAUAAAAACAUUAAAAAGAUCAUACAGAAAAUGACAGUCACAUACAAAGACUGA